AACUGUCGCGCGUUCUGCUCCGUCUCCCCAGGCUGCUCCCGGACCUGGCGCGGGGGCCGCGGGAGAUGCCCGGGCGGCCCCCGGAAGCUCAUGUGGCGCGCUAGGUGGGGGCCCGGCGAGCUCAAGGCGGAGACGCUGGCCCCGCUGCCCUGCGGCCUGGCCAUGGCCUUCUCGCAGGCGCACGUCCUGGGCGCGCGGCGCCACCCGCCCGGCCGGCUGCUGGUGGAGGUGGACGAGUACAGCGCCAACCCCACGCAGGCCUUCACCUUCUACAACAUCAACCAGGGCCGCUUCCAGCCGCCGCACGUGCAGAUGGUGGACCCGGUGCCUCACGACGCCCCCAAGCCGCCCGGCUACACGCGCUUCGUGUGCGUGUCGGACACGCACUCGCGGACGGACCCCAUCCAGAUGCCCUACGGGGACGUGCUCAUCCACGCCGGCGACUUCACCGAGCUGGGGCUGCCCAGCGAGGUCAAGAAGUUCAACGAGUGGCUGGGCACCCUGCCCUACGAGUACAAGGUGGUGAUCGCCGGCAACCACGAGCUGACCUUCGACCAGGAGUUCAUGGCCGACCUCAUCAAGCAGGACUUCUACUACUUCCCGUCCGUGUCCAAGCUCAAGCCCGAGAGCUACGAGAACGUGCAGAGCCUGCUCACCAACUGCGUGUACCUGCAGGACUCCGAGGUCACCGUGCGCGGCUUCCGCCUCUAUGGCUCGCCCUGGCAGCCCUGGUUCUACGGCUGGGGCUUCAACCUCCCGCGGGGCCAAGCGCUGCUGGAGAAGUGGAACCUGAUUCCCGAGGGCGUGGACGUGCUCAUCACGCACGGGCCACCGCUGGGCUUCCUGGACUGGGUCCCCAAGAAGAUGCAGCGGGUGGGCUGCGUGGAGCUGCUCAACACCGUGCAGAGGCGUGUCCAGCCGCGGCUGCACGUCUUUGGCCACAUCCACGAAGGGUACGGGGUCAUGGCUGACGGAACCACCACCUACGUGAACGCCUCCGUGUGCACCGUCAACUACCAGCCCGUGAACCCCCCCAUUGUCAUCGACCUGCCCACUCCCCGGAACUCCUGACUGCCCGCCCGCCCCCGCCUGUCCCCGCUGCAGAGCCGGUGCCGCCCACUGCCCACCCGCGGCCCUUGCCGGACCCACCUUGCCGAGGACACGGACUCUCACUCCAGCUGAGGGCCGGCUGUGGGUGCAGCAGGGGCACCCCGGGGCCCGCUCAGCGGAGACCCUCUGACGGGGCGUUCAGGGACAUCUCAGGAAUUCGGGCUGCAGCUGGCCGGGCCCCCGCCUGCGUCAUGGGGGCCUCUGCGGGGCAUUUGGACGGACGGGGACUAUGGCCUGGGUGGGCCCAGCACCCGAUGCUCACACCGAGCCUGGGGGGGGGAGAUGACAGGUGCCAGGGGGAGGCGGGACCAGCGGGGGUUCCUGGACCCCGUCUCGUUUGGUGGAAGCUGGGUGCUCUGCAGAACAGGGGGCUGAGGCAGCGGGGACCCCUUUAUGUGUACCUGAGUGGGUACGAAAUCACCCCUCCACACACAACACACUGCACACACACAGACACAUACACACAUCGCCCACAGUCGCACAGACUCAUACAGUCACGUGUACACACAUGCUCAGAUGCACACACCCACAUACACACGUUCACACUCAUACACACAUAGACCCUUACGCUCACAAUCACACAUGCACACACUCUCAGGCUCACACACCCACAUACACUCACACACACUUGUACACACUCUGAGACACACACAGACCCUCGUGCUCUCAAGCACACACACGCACACCUACGCAGGCUCACACGCCCAUCUACACUCACACACUCACACACACACACUGGGACACACAGAGCCCUUCAUACCCAGCACCACACAUACAAAUAUGCUCAGACUCACACCCACAUACUUGCGUGCACACGCUCAGCCCCCCGCAGCCCCUCCUGCUGUACUGAGUGGGUCCCUGUGGGUUCCCUGGCACAGUCCCACUUUGCCUGCUGUGCCCUCAGCCCUCAGCAUCCCCGACCCCAACGGCCCCCUGGGGGGGGGACACGCCAGCACUGGUCCCCGACCCCGGGGUUCCCUGUCCGUCCCCGAUGGCCAGGGGGCUGGGGGCUGCAUCUGACGGGCCCGUGCCAAGGCUGCCGUGGCCGACUCUGCCUUUACUGAAAACGCCGAGAUUUUCUGCCUUGUGGGUUCCCCGCCCCCCACCCGCAUCUGUUUUUGGUUUAAAACAUUAUGUUCCUGUAGCACCAUUGCCUCAAUGGCCGGGUUUUGGGGUGCGUCCCCCAGGGCAGCCCCCCGGGCAGUGCUGUGUGGGCACCUUCGUCCUCCCCAGCUGCCUCCCGGCUCCAGAGACGGAGACCAGCGGGAGUGAGUGGGGUGGGGAGCAGGGGGCAGAGGCAGGACGGGAGCCUGUCUCGCCUGUCCCGCCCUCAGUGCUUGGGGGGGGGUCUGUUCCAACCCUCCCCCCUUCCUGGGCCUGGGGGUGGCUGCAGGUCUUCCGGCCCCACUCUCUGGGGGGCGUUUUGGACACACGUGCACAGAGGGCGGGGUGGGGGGCGGGGGCAUCCUCUGAAUUUCUAUGCGGACCAGGACCCAGAGAGCUGCAUUUUCCUAAGGUAUCUGCAGAAUACGGUGUAUUUUUAUGUGGCAAAGAAGUUAUGACGCAGCUGUCCCUUUAAGGGGAAUUCAUUCCGAGUCCUCGCGGCCGUGAAGACGAGCGAGCGGCUCCUCCAUCAUUCUGGCAUAACUUGAUCGUGGCUGUCAGUUUUUUUGUCAAGCAUGUCAGACAAUAAAGUCUUUGUAAGAAGA